CGCUGAUCAGGGGCCCAUGGACACACACACACAUACCCUUCUCUGCUGCCCCACGCCCGGCGGCUUGACUUGUCUGUCCAAAGGGACACCAUUUACUGGUGGCAUUCAGGCCGGGCUCCAGGAGCCAGGAGACCAAAGUUGGGACACUUGUCAGGAGGCACAGAACAAGAGUAGAUGUAACCUGGUGCCCCCUCGGGCAGAAGCACGUCCUCGCCCAGACUAAAAGUUGUCCAGUUGUUCUUUGGUUCAAAAAAAAGAAAAAAGCAUUUUCAAGCAGCUAGUCAAGUAUGGCUUUAGCAGAUAAGAGACUUGAGAACCUGCAGAUCUACAAAGUUCUUCAGUGUGUUCGGAAUAAAGACAAGAAGCAGAUAGAAAAGCUGACAAGACUGGGAUACCCUGAACUAAUCAAUUUCACAGAGCCUAUCAAUGGACACAGUGCUCUACACUUAGCCUCAGUUUCCAAUGAUAUUGAUAUGGUUAGUUUUCUUCUUAACCUUGGUGCUCACCCUGAUGUGCAAGAUCGAAAUGGCUGUACUCCGACAAUGAAAGCUGCAGAACUGGGUCAUGAAUUGUCAAUGGAAAUAUUAGCAAAGGCAAAGGCUGAUAUGACUAUAGUUGAUAAUGAAGGAAAAGGCGUUUUGUUUUACUGCAUUUUACCUACUAAGCGUCAUUUUCGCUGUGCAAUGAUUGCCCUGGAAUAUGGUGCAGACGUCAACAAUUCUUCCUAUGAAGGAAAGCCAGUAUUCCUUCGAGCUUGUGAAGAAGCACAUGAUGUUAAAGAAGUGUGCAUGACAUUUUUGGAAAAAGGAGCCAAUCCAAAUGCUAUUAACGCAUCCACAGGCCGUACAGCUUUAAUGGAAGCAUCAAGGGAAGGAGUGGUAGAGUUAGUUCGAGGAAUAUUGGAAAGAGGAGGUGAAGUUAAUGCAUUUGACAAUGAAAGAUGUCACGCUGCACAUUUUGCUGCGAAAGGAGGCUUUUUUGAUAUUUUGAAGCUUCUUUUUGCCUAUAAUGGAGACAUGGGACUGAUUGCAAUGAAUGGCAACACACCACUUCAUUAUGCUGCCAUGGGUGGCUUUGCAGAUUGCUGUAAAUAUAUAGCUCAGCGAGGAUGUGACCUGAAGUGGAAGAAUUUAGAACACAAAACACCCAGGGCUGUGGCUAAGGAAGCUGGCUUCAAGGCAGCCAGUAAAGAAUUAAGGCGUGCUGAGCGGAUCGCCAGUAAACUGGCCAGGCCAGGAGCCAAAAAUCCGAAUCCCCUCUGGGCCCUUAGACUCCAUGAUUGGUCAGCAGAACAUGAGAAUUUCCUUCGGGCAGCUCUUUCGUUUGUGGACAGAGGCGAUGGGACAGUCAGUAAGGAGGACUUUGUGAUGGCGCUAGAGGAAAGGCAAGAUUUUGUGAACGUGGAACAGCUGGCUAUGAUAGCUCAGAUGCAUGAGAAAACCCGAGGAGGAGGGGUGAACAUCAAUGAUUUUUUUAAAGGAACUAAAUAUCUAAGCAAGACCUAUGUCUUGGGAUCCUUUGGGCCUAAGAAAAAGAAAAAAGGGAUGGCCAAAAGGGGAAAGAAAGGCAAGUUUGUUUUACCACUUCCCAUCUGCAUCAUACCUGAUGAAGCCUUUCCUCACCGGGAAGACGGUGGCCUGCCUUAUUACAUGGUCGAAACCUACCAGAAUGUAACCGAUUGCAAUCGGUUUAAUAGAGAUCAUCCGCCGGCACACCCCAUUCAGGAUGACUCUUCCUGGUAUAUUGAUGAUCCAGGGAAGGUAUAUACAAAUAUUAAUUUUAUCACCAAAGCGGGAGACUUGGCCUCUCUGAAAAAGGCGCUUGAAUCAGGAAUACCUGUGGACAUGAAGGAUACUUACUACAAAACACCACUGAUGACUGCAUGUGCAAGUGGAAACAUAGAUGCUGUCAAGUUUCUUCUUGAAAGGGGGGCUAAUGUUAAUGCAACAGAUAAUUUUCUGUGGACUCCACUUCAUUUUGCAUGCCAUGCAGGCCAACAAGAUAUUGUUGAGCUUCUUGUUAAGGCCGGAGCUACUGUGGAUGCAAUGUCAAUCAACAACUCAACACCCUUAAGUAGAGCCAUUGAGAGCUGUAGACUGGAUACUGUAAAAUACCUCCUUGAUAUUGGUGCUAAAUUUCAGUUGGAAAAUAGAAAAGGACAUACUGCCAUGGAUGUUGCAAAGGCAUAUGCUGACUAUAGAGUAAUUAGUAUGAUUAAAGAAAAGCUCGAUAACUUGCCCAAACCAACAGAUAAUCAAAAAAUGAAAGGCAAGCCACCUACUAAACUAAAAGCUGAAGGGUCUGAAAUUAGGAAAGAAGAGGAUCCAUUUUCAACUAUUUAUUCUGUUCCAACUAUAUCAGAGGAAAAGAAAAUAUACAGAGAUAAUGUGGUUCACCUCAAUUCAUUAAUUACUAGUGGCCAUACCAAGAAAGUGGACAUCACAUUUAUCCCACAAAGAAUAUGGAGUCCUGAAGCCACAACAGCAGAGUUGGUCAGAAAGAGGGAACUGCGACGGGAGAGGUUAACUUAUGAAGUGGACUUUGAUGACUUCUUGAUGCCCUUCCAGAAGAACAUUACAGAGAAAGCCCAAGCAUUGGAAGCCACCUUGAAGAACUAAAUCAUAGUAGUUACUUACUGGGAUGAACAUUUUGAGAUCCAGGAACAACAUGGAAGGGGAAAGUUCUUUUGGAACAACCUAAUAUUUCCAUUAAGGCCAAAACAAUGCACAAAUUUACAAGUAACCAAGUAUUUGCUUCUGCUUUAACACCUAUGAAUAUUUCAA